AUGGCGAAAAUAACUGCCUUAAACCGCCAAAAGGGCGCACUAAAAACGCAAGUAACUAAAUUAGGACUAUUCUUCGAGGACAAAGAAUGGACAUUUUCAAAAAUUGAACUGGAUAUUAAACUUAAAGCCUUGAAAAGAAUUCAAGAAAGUGCUUCAGAAUUGCGUUCUCAGUAUUAUCAGCUAAUUGAAAAAGAUGAAGAUUUGCCUCCAAUUGAAAAGGAUCUCGAUGAAUUAGAAUUGAAAACUGAAGAAUUAGAGGUAAGAAUUUAUACAUUUCUUUCAACGCAUGAAGAAAAUAAUUCUACCAAUGAAAGUAAAAACAAUGCAUUAGUUAGAUUACCGGAACUUUCGAUUUCAAAGUUCGCAGGUAAAAUUGAAGAAUGGAACAAUUUUAAAAUGCAAUUCAAUAGUAUAAUUAAUAGUAACAACCAAUUAUCAGAUGUACACAAACUUCAAUAUUUACAAUCUUGCUUAGUCGGUGAAGCAAAACAUUUAAUGUCAGCAGAAGACACUUACGACUCAUUAUUUAAAGCUUUAGAAGAAAGAUAUGAAAACGAAAGAAUAAUUGUAGAAACACACGUAAAUUCUAUUCUUAAGUAUUCUAAAAUUCAGCAACAAUCUACUAAAGAACUUAGACAUCUAAUUGACACUAUUAAUAAAAAUAUUCGUGCCCUUCAAGUCCUCAAAUAUGAGAGAAAUUAUUUAAGUGAUAUUUUAUUGAUAAAUAUCAUCUUAGAAAAACUAGACAUAGAAUCUCGCAAGCAAUUUGAGCUAAACGCAAGCUCCAAAGAAGUUCCGAAAUUGGAAGAGCUUCUAUCAUUUUUAGAAAAAAGGUGUCAAGUUUUGGACAAUGUAUCGAGGAAUGUUUAUCAUAAAACCUCAAAAAAUGUGUCAGAACAAAAAUUUAACUCAAAAUCGUUAAUGAUAAAUAGUGAUAAAAAUUUGUGCAUUUUAUGUUCAUCUCCCGAUCAUGCAAUAUUUAAAUGCAUAACAGCUUAUUGCACAAAGUCAGAGAGACUACGAAACCCACACCUCCAGUCUUUGGAUACAAUUGAAAAAUUGCAGUUCCCAGACAAUGCCCCUGACAAUGGUUCUCCCGCUGUCCAAGACGUUAGGACUUUCGCUGGCUAUACUCCCUCAGCAGAGCGAAAUGUGAUUUUGUCAACUGCACUUGUUUCAGUUUUAGAUGCUUCUGGAAAUCCAGUUAUUGGACGUGCUCUCCUAGAUUGUGGUUCCCAAAGCAGCUUCACUACAGCUGCAUUCGCUGAUUUAUUGAAUUUAAGGAAAGAAAGAAUUACUGAUGUCAUCCCAUCCUAUGUCAUAAGUACAAAAAAUAUGACAUUGCCUCCAGGCGUAAUCCUAGCAGAUCCGGGUUUUGGCACUCCAAAUAAAAUUGAUUUAUUAAUUGGCGCAGAGUUGUUUUGGGAAAUCAUAAAAACUGGACAAUUUCGAACCCCUUCACCGGAUUUAAGAUUUCAAGAGACAGUUUUUGGCUAUAUAGCUACUGGAACAAGCACAAGCGCAUCCGAAUUUAAAUUUUGUGGUUUUGUUAAAGGUUUGGACUCUCUUGAACAAAGUAUUCAGAAAUUUUGGAACAUUGAAAACGUGGAAGACGAUAAACGCAUCAUUAGCGAUGAAGCGAAAUUUUGCGAAGAAUAUUUUACGUCAACGUAUAAUCGAGAUAAUGACGGUAGAUUCAUUGUUUCUAUGCCUCUUAAAGAAGAACCUUCCUGCUUAGGAGAUUCCAGAACAAAUGCAGAACGAAGACUUGAAAGCCUUUGGAAGCAAUUGAAAAACAAACCAACAAUGAUGCAAUUAUAUCAAAACUUCAUGCAAGAAUACGAAGAUUUAAAUCACAUGGAAGUUAUCUCAGAUGAAGAUAUCAAAGAAAAAUCUUAUUAUCUGCCGCAUCACGGAGUAUAUAAACCAGAAAAUCAGACAACUCCAUUACGUGUCGUCUUCAACGCAUCGGCCGCAACAACUUCUGGAAAAUCCCUUAACGAUAUUUUAUUGAAAGGUGACGUCCGAGAAGAUAUUUUUGACAUAAUGGUCAGAUUUCGCAAACAUAAAUACGCAUUCAUAGCCGAUAUUAAGAAGAUGUACAGGCAAAUUGGAAUUCAUCCAUCUCAGCAAAAUCUCCAAAGAAUUUUGUGGAAAAAGACGGCAGAAGACCCUGUUCUCACAUUUAAGUUAAAGACUGUAACAUACGGGACAUCAAGUGCCCCUUAUUUAGCUAUUAGAACACUUCAACAACUUGCAUAUGAUGAAGCAUCAAAAUUUCCUCUUGCGUCUGCUGUAACUCUAAGUGAUUUCUAUAUGGAUGAUGUGGUAUCAGGAGCCUCAACCAUUAAGGAAUUUGAAGAGGUCCAAAAACAACUUUUGGAAAUGUUUAAAACCAGUGGCAUGUUUUUUCAUAAAUGGAGCUCAAAUGUCAGCAAUUCCAUUUUUAAUUCGGCUGGAGAAAAUCAUAGUUUUGACGAGAAAUCGGAAAAUGAGAAAAAAGCUUUAGGGAUAAAUUGGAACCCAACAGAAGACAAAUUUUCCUUCAAGGUUUCCUUGAAACCCAGGAUAAGUUACACCAAACGAGACGUUCUAUCUGACAUUGCAAAAUUGUAUGAUCCUCUUGGCUUAAUUGGCCCCAUAAUAUGCAAGGCAAAAAUCUUUAUGCAAAGACUGUGGCUACUUAGACUAAAAUGGGAAGACAAGUUACCAGAUUCAAUCGCAACCGAAUGGCGUAAUUUUGUGAUAUCCUUAAAGGAGAUAGAAAAUAUUAAAGUGCAGCGUUACCUAGAAAAUGAAGACGGUGACACAUUAAAAUUACACGGUUUCGCAGAUGCUUCAGAAGCUGCUUACGGAGCAACUAUUUAUCUUCAGAGCAUUUCUGAAUCUCAUGAAGUGUCCUCGCAUCUAAUAUGUAGCAAAUCUCGGGUAGCUCCACUGAAGAAAAUGUCAAUUGCCCGUUUAGAACUCUCCGCUUGUCACCUACUCGCAGAAUUAACACAAAAAACCUUAAAAUCUUUGAAAAUGAAUAUCAAGGAAGUCAUCUUGUGGUCAGAUUCCACCAUUGCACUUGCGUGGAUCAAAACUCCUUCGCAUCAAUUAAAGACCUACGUUGGCAACAGAGUUUCUACCAUUCAACAAAUUACUGAAGCCUACCAUUGGAAACAUGUAGCAUCCGAACAGAACCCUUCAGACUUGAUCUCACGCGGAGCAAGCAGCUCUCAACUCUCAUCUUUGUGGUUUAAGGGUCCAGAAUUUCUACAACAAGACAUGUCGGAAGAGAAAAUGACAGAAACCUCUACAAAUUAUCUAGACUCUAACACCUAUGAAAUUGAACUCAAAAAGAAUAUUUGUUUGACAUUAACGAAAGACACUUCGUUUAUUGAGACAGUCCUAAAUAUUUCUAACAGUUUUUCUACAAUUAUUCGCACAUUAUGUUUUAUUUUCAGAUUUGCCAAGGGCCGAAGCAGCUCUAAGGGUCAGAUAAGUAUCCAAGAGUUGGAGCAGUCCACUAAAUUCUUGAUUAAAUCUGUUCAAGAAGUGGAAUUCACAGAAGAAAUAGAACUGCUGAAGAAAAACGAAUCAGUAGCUCGGAAAAGUAAACUUAAAUUUUUAAAUCCAUUUCUAGAUAAGGACUCAAUUCUUAGAGUGGGAGGUAGGUUAAAUAAUUCCAACUUAAAUUUUGAUCAUAAACAUCCAAUUAUUUUACCUAAGAGCCAUAAACUCACUUCAAUAAUUUUUGAAUAUUUCCAUAAAAAGUACUUACAUUUGGGUCCACAAUCAUUGCUGCAUCAUGUUCGCAUGCAAUAUUGGCCAAUUAAUGGUAAAAGUACUGCACGAAAGAUAGUUCAUGAAUGCAUUACGUGUUUCAAAAAUAAACCUGUUACUGCACAACAAAUUAUGGGUAAUCUUCCAUCUGAAAGGACCAACCCUAAUUUUACAUUUAAUGUUGCGGGAGUUGACUUUUGUGGUCCGUUUGAAAUUAAAUACAAGAACCAAAGAAAGGGAAUCUAUUCCAAAAUUUACUUAGCUUUAUUUAUUUGUUUGGCUACAAAAGCUAUUCACAUUGAAUUAGUCACAGAGCUGACUUCAGAAGCUUUCAUAGCUGCUCUAAAGCGUUUUUUUGCUCGCAGAGGGAAAAGUUCAACUAUUAUGUCAGAUAAUGCCGCUAAUUUUAAAGGUGCAGAUUCGGAGUUAAAAAGAUGGUUAUCACUUGUUACUAAGCAAAAUAGCAGUUUUUCUAAUUAUUUAACUUCUGAAUCAGUAAUUUGGAAAUUUAUUCCUCCCAAUUCCCCAAAUUUUGGAGGUUUGUGGGAAGCUGGUGUUAAGUCGGUUAAAUACCAUUUGAAAAGAAAUUUAAACAAUGUUAGACUUACAAUAGAAGAAUUUUUGACUAUCGUUAUUCAAAUAGAAGGCAUAUUAAAUUCGCGUCCUUUAACUCCCUUGCCAUCAGAUUCUAAUGAAUACGAAGUUCUCACUCCAGACCAUUUCUUAAUCGGUCGUCCAAUUAACGCAAUUCCAGAGCCACAAUUAAUUGAUACUAAUGAAAACCACUUGUCAAGAUGGCAAAAACUUACAAGGUACUCGCAAUUGAUAUGGAAAAGUUGGCAAAGAGAUUAUCUAAAUCAUCUCCAAAACCGUACUAAGUGGUGUUUCAAACAAGGUAAUAUUCCUAUUGGUACUAUGGUUCUUCUUAAAGAUGAUAACUUACCCCCAGGUAAAUGGACCUUGGGCAGAAUUAUACAGACUACACCUGGUUCAGAUGGAAAUAUUAGGGUGGUCAAAGUAAAAACAUCAUCAAAUAUUUACACAAGAGGGAUAUCAAAGAUAUGUGUCCUGCCAGGACAAAAGGAGUGUUAA